AUGGGUCUAUGUGGAUCGAAGCCUGAGGCUAGUGGGGCUGAUCAAGAUGCGCGGCAAAGAAGCUCAGAAAUCGAUAAACAUCUUGUUGAGUCAACGAAGCAAGGCAAACAGGAAUACAAGAUCCUCUUACUAGGGAGUGGCGAGUCGGGCAAGUCGACGAUCGUAAAGCAAAUGAAGAUUAUUCACCAAAAUGGCUAUUCGAAGGAGGAGCUAUAUAUGUUCCGCUUGACAGUUAUCAAGAAUGUUGUGGACUCAGCACGCGCGAUUGCUUUGGCGCUGCGUCUUCUUGGGAUGGAACCUGAGCGACUGGAGAACAGGGAAGCAGCCGAUAUUUUGACCCAGUACGAAGUGCCUGCUGAUCCAAAUGCUUUCCUGCCGGCAGAUAUGGGGAAGCUGAUCGAGUCAUUAUGGAGCGACCCCGUCAUUCCGAGACUCAUGGAGCGGCGUGAUGAAUUUUAUUUGAUGGAUAAUGCGGAAUACUUCUUAAAUUCCGUCGCGCGUAUCGCAACUGAUACGUACAUUCCGACGCAAGAAGAUGUGUUACAUGCGCGAUCAAAGACAUUCGGUGUUUCGGAGACGCGUUUCCAGACAGGAGACAUGUCGAUUCAUCUCGUCGAUGUCGGAGGACAGCGUUCGGAGCGGAGUAAAUGGAUUCACAGCUUCGACUCAGUCACAUCGGUCAUUUUCUGUGUCGCACUGAGCGAGUACGACCAGGUUCUGCUAGAAGAUAGCAGCCAGAACCGCAUGGCAGAGAGUCUUGUGCUCUUUGAAAGCAUUAUUAACAGUCGCUGGUUCCAGCGCUCGUCGAUUAUUCUGUUUCUGAACAAGAUUGAUAUUUUCAAGCAGAAGCUCGCACGGCGCCCGUUGUCGGAUUAUUUCCCGGAAUACACGGGCGGCAAUGACGUGAACAAAGCAGCGAAAUACAUUUUGUGGCGCUUCACACGCGUGAAUCAUGCUCGGUUGAAUAUCUAUCCACACAUCACUCAAGCGACGGAUACGACGAAUAUUCGUUUGGUAUUUGCAGCUGUGAAGGAAACCAUCCUGCAAAACUCUCUACGAGAAACAGGCUUUUUGUAG